AUGUGUCGAUGUGUCGCCCUCCAUACGUCGCGAAACAGACUCCGAAAUGGGGAAAUAUAAAUUUGCGGACUCCUGGUUGGAGAAGGAUGAGUUUAAACAAUGGCUGAAGCCUGUCGCUGAAAACAACCGCGAGGCUUACUGUACAUAUUGUAAAAAGAAGAUUAGCGUAGCCUCGAUGGGCAUCAACGCUGUCAAGUCCCACAUGCACGGUGCUAGCCACAAGGCCGCCGUUGGCCGCAGAGAGCAGUCGCAGCUGUCCAUCGCCAGUUUUUGUGCUCCAACAGCGACACCACUACCUAACACGACAGCUGAACUUGUCAAAACAGCUAUGACAGCGACCUCUGCCCCAUCAUCGGCCAACAUCAGGGUGGCUAUGGGCGGCACAUCAACGAUGCGCGCGGAGGUUAUCUGGUGUCUCAAUACUGCGGUGUAUCACCACUCACUGAACUCAAACGAAGGUAUUUCUGAUAUUUUCAAGUCAAUGUUUCCGGACUCGGACAUAGCUAAGACAUUCACCUGUGGCAAGGACAAAACUGGUUACUUCAUGAGAUUCAGGCUUGCAACCUUCUUUAAGCAGCAGCUCGUCGACACCAUCAACAAAGCGGGCCCGUUUGUGUUAAUGUUUGACGAGUCUCUCAAUCAGUCAACAAAGAAGAAGCAACUUGACGUACAUGUUCGUUUUUGGGAUGAUGACUGUGUCCAAUCCAGGUAUCUGGGCUCUCAAUUCCUGGGACACGGAACAGCUCAGGACCUGUUGCAUCACAUUAAAGAGUGUGUUGCAAAACUGAAUAUGAGGCAGCUUGUCUCCAUCAGUAUGGACGGCCCCAAUGUUAACUUGAAGUUGGGAGACCUUCUUCAGAAGGAGCAUGCAGAGCUGUACAUUUACAUUUUACAUUUACAUUUAUGCAUUUAGCAGACGCUUUUAUCCAAAGCGACUUACAUUGCAUUCAAGUUACAGUUUUUACAUUUUAUCAGCUCUUGCUUUCCCUGGGAAUCGAACCCAUGAUCUUGGCGUUGCUAGCGCCAUGCUCUACUAUUUGAGCUACAGGAAAGCUUUAUGGAGCUCAACUGGUCAAGGUUGGAAGCUGUGGGCUUCACACCCCCCACAAUGCAGUGAAGGCAGGCUUUACCAUGU